AUGACGAUAAAAAAUAAUAACCAAGCUACCAUAAGUAUUGAUAGAGGUGGAACUUUCACUGAUAUUCUUUGGAAACAUGGAGGUAAAGAAGGAACUUUCAAGUUAUUAUCAGUAGAUCCUAAGAAUUAUAAUGAUGCUAAUAUUGAAGGUAUAAGAAGAGUGAUUGAAAUAGUUACUGAUAAGAAGGUUCCAAGACAUGAACCUUUAGAUACUUCUAUGAUAUCUUCCAUCAGACUUGGUACUACUGUUGCUACUAAUGCCUUGUUAGAAAGACAAGGAGCUCCUUGUGCUUUGGUCACAACCAAAGGUUUUAAGGAUUUAUUACAUAUUGGUGAUCAAUCAAGACCUGAUUUAUUUGCUUUAGAGAUUGUUAAACCUGGAGUUUUAUAUGAAAAAGUCAUUGAAGCUGAUGAAAGAGUCACUUUACCUGCAUUUACUGUUGAUCCAACCGGUUAUAAUGCUCAAGAAUUAUUGGAUAAUGAAAAGUACGUUCAUGGAGAAACCAAAGAAGUGUUUGAAAUCAUCAAACCAUUGGAUAAAGAAAAGUUAACCAAGGAUUUAAUGGAAUUAAAACAAUCAGGAAUCGAUUCCAUUGCUAUAGUAUUCAUCCAUGGGUAUAAUUACAAGACUCAUGAGAUUGAAGCUGGAGAAAUUGCUAGAAAGAUUGGAUUUUCUAAUAUUUCAUUAUCUCAUGAAAUCUUACCUAUCAUCAAAACCAUACCUAGAGGUCAAUCAACUGUUGUAGAUAGUUACUUGACACCAAUCUUAAAAGAAUAUAUCAAUGGGUUUUUAAAAGGGUUAAAACCUGGUUUUGAAGAACAUACUAGAAUAGAAUUCAUGCAAAGUGACGGUGGUUUAUGUUCGUGGGAAAACUUCACAGGAUUAAAAUCCUUAUUAUCUGGACCUGCUGGAGGUGUGGUUGGUUUAGCCAAAACUGCUUAUGAUGAAAAUUACAAAAUUCCUGUUAUUGGUUUCGAUAUGGGUGGUACUUCUACUGAUGUUUCAAGAUAUGCUGGAUCUUAUGAAUUCUCUUUUGAGACUAUCACCGCAGGUAUCAAGAUUGCUACUCCUCAAUUGGACAUAAACACUAUAGCUGCCGGUGGUGGUUCAAGAUUAUUCUACGAAAAUGGGAUUUUUGUAGUUGGUCCUCAAUCCGCUGGUAGUGAUCCUGGUCCUGCUUGUUACCGUAAAGGGGGUCCUUUAACAGUUACUGAUGCUAAUCUAUUUACUGGUAGAUUAGUACCUGAAUUCUUCCCUAAGAUUUUUGGUCCAAAUGAAGAUGAAGCUUUAGAUUUCGAAAUCACCAAGAAGAAAUUCGAAGAGUUGACUGAUGUCAUCAACAAAGAGAAUCCUCAAAGUGUUAAAACUCCUUAUGAAGUAGCUUUAGGGUUCUUAGAAGUUGCUAAUUUCCAAAUGGCCAAACCAAUCAGAGAAUUAACUGACGUUAAAGGUAAUGAUGUCACCAAACAUUCUUUAGCUUCCUUCGGAGGUGCUGGUGGUCAACAUGCCAUUGCCAUUGCUAAAAUCUUAAAGAUAAAGAAAGUUAUCAUCCACAAAUAUUCUGCCAUUUUAUCAGCUUACGGAAUUUCAUUAUCAGAUAUCAUCAAUGAACAACAAGAACCAUGUUCCAAGACAUACAGUGAAACUUCCCGUGAUGAAUUAUUACAAACCGUUAAAGGGUUACAACAAAGAGCUGUAGAGGCUUUGUUGAAACAAGGUAUUGAUGAUUCAAGUAUCAACAUCACCACUUAUUUCAAUAUGGGUUACAAAGGUUCCGACACAAGAUUAAUGAUUGAACAACCUGAAGAUAAUGAUUUCUUAAGUAUAUUCUAUGCUAUUCAUCAAAAGGAAUUUGCUUUCAAUGAUGAAGGAAGAGACGUGGUUAUCACUGAUAUCAGAGUUAGAGCUACCGGUAAUGUUUUGAGUGAUUUAACUGAAAGAUCUCCUUAUGCUGAUUACGAUGCCAUAACCAAAACUCCUGUUGAUGGUAAAAAAUCAAUCUUAACAACUCCUAUAGUAUUCAAACAAGGUGUGUUAGACUCUAAGGUAUUCUUAUUAAAGGAUCUUGCUAAUGGAGAUAUUGUUAAAGGUCCAGCAUUAUUAUUGGAUUCUACUCAAACCCUUUUAAUUGAACCUGGUUCAGAUGCUACUGUUUUACCAAGACACGUUAUGGUUGAUUUAAGUACUGAAGAAGAUUUCCAUUUGAAUUCUACUGUUGUGGAUCCUAUCCAAUUAGCUAUUUUCUCCAAUAGAUUCAUGUCUAUUGCUGAAGAUAUGUCUAGGACUUUACAAAAAAUUUCUGUCAGUGCCAAUAUCAAGGAAAGAUUGGAUUAUUCUUGUGCUUUGUUCGAUAGUGAAGGUAACUUGUGUGCCAAUGCUCCUAACGUUCCUGUUCAUUUAGGAUCUAUGUCAGCUGCUAUCAAAUAUCAAUUAGAAUAUUGGGAAGGUGAUUUAAAAGAAGGUGAUAUCUUAUGUACCAAUUCUCCAAGUGUUGGAGGUUCUCAUCUUCCAGAUAUCACUAUCAUCUCCCCAGUGUUCAUUGAUGGAGUUAUCCAAUUCCUUGUAGCUGCUAGAGCUCAUCAUUCAGAAAUCGGAGGUAUAACUCCAGGUUCAUCUUCAAGUUAUGCUAGAGAUAUCAGAGAAGAAGGGGUUAACAUUGAAGCAUGGAAAGUUGUAUCCCAAGGUCAUUUUGAUCAUGAUGGUUUACUCCAUAGAUUCAUUGAAGAACCUAAAUCUUGGGGUGUUUCUGGUACCCGUAAUAUUGAUGAUAACAUUUCUGAUUUGAAAGCUCAAAUUUCUGCUAAUCAAAGAGGUAUUACUUUGAUCAAGGAAUUAUUUGUGGAAUAUGACACAGAAACGGUUUUAUUCUAUAUGAGAAAUGUUAAGAAAACCGCUGAAAUCGCCGCCAGAGAUUUCGUUAAAGAUUAUUACAAACAAAAUCAUGAAAAAUUACCUUUGAAAGCUGUAGAUUAUAUGGAUGAUGGAUGUGAAAUUCAUGUUUCCAUUGAUAUGGACGGUAAAGAUGGUUCCUUAACCAUUGACUUCACUGGUACUUCAUUGGAAUCAUACUCCAAUUUGAAUGCUCCUAAAUCAGUCACUUAUUCAGCAGUUCUUUAUGUCUUGAGAUGUUUGAUUGAUAUGGAAAUUCCUUUGAAUCAAGGUCUUUUAGAUGCUUGUAAUAUUAUUGUUCCAGAAAACUCCCUCAUUAAUCCUUCAAAAUAUGCUGCUGUUUGUGCUGGUAAUGGUAUGACUUCUCAAAGAUUAGUUGAUACUUUAUUCAAAGCCAUUGGUAUGACAUCAGCAUCAGGAGGUUGUAUGAACGGUAUUAACUUCGGAACCGGAGGUGAAAACGCUGAAGGAGAAUUAAUCAAAGGUUUCGGUUAUACAGAAACUGUUGGUCAAGGUUCACCUGCUGGUAUCAGUAUCAAAGAUGGUAAGAGAUAUGGUUAUCAUGGUUUUUCAGGUACUCAAACCAAUAUGACUAACACCAGAAUCACUGAUCCUGAAGUGUUGGAACAAAGAUACCCUUGUCUUUUGCAUGAGUUCACUGUUCGUAGAGGUAGUGGAGGAAAAGGGAAAUUCAAUGGUGGUGAUGGAUUAAUCAGAGAAAUCAAAUUCUUAAGUCCAGUACAUCUUUCUUUAGUCACCCAAAGAAGAGUUUACGCUCCAUGGGGAGUUUAUGGUGGUGAAGAUGGAAAGAAAGGUGAAAACUAUCUUGGUAGAAACCGUGGGGAUGGUGUUAUUCAAUGGAUUAAAUUACCUUCAUUAGCAGAAAUCGAAAUCAAAGCUGGUGAUAUAAUCAGAAUUUUAAGUCCAGGAGCUGGUGGUUUCGGUAAACCGGAAGAUUCUGAUGAAUUCUGGGGUAUUGGUCAAGCCCCAGAGAAGCACUCUAGUACUUUAUUGGCCUCAGGAUCCCUUUAUAGAGAAUCUAUCAACACUUCGCAGUAA